AUGAGCAAUCUUAGUGCUCAUAAUGUGGGCGAUAUUUGGCUCCGAAGCACUGAGGCACGCGUGAGUUUGAAGUCGGUUCUCGGGGGGAUCGACGAUUCCAUCGUGAAAAUCGAAUUUGAACGCUGUAUACCUCGUCAUAUUAUGCCACAAGAUGUUCUGGAAGCAUUAACUCUGUCUCAUAUUAACGGCGACGUUGCCACUAUAAUCGUGAACGGUUUAACGUUACAUUGCAAGUUCGUCAAGCCAAAGGCUAUCACAUUCAUCGUUAAUGACAAGCCCAAUAGUUCCGUAGACGUCACAGAUCAUUUUAUUGGCACUUUGUUUGUUUUCCCUCCUAACGCAGAAUUACAUACACCACCCGAGGUAAGCCAUUAG